AUGAGCAUCGCCUACCUGGGACUGCGAUUUUGCGUGUCUUCCUCACAGACAAUCGCAGCGGAAAGUGCACUGCAAUCGCCAACACAGCAGACUAAUGUGCACACGUGUCGCGAGCAUUGCCUGGGAACAAGCGGCUGCAAGUCCUUUUCGUACGAUGUCAUCGCUCGCACAUGCCAAGUGUACGGCACCUAUGGCCGUUUUGUGUCCAAACGUGGAUCGCUGGCAGGUCGUGCUGACUGUGGCUGCUUUUCGACCAGAAACAUUCCGUGGGUGCUGCAUCAGACGUGGAAGACGAAGCAACUUACUGGAGCGCUGCUCGAUCUGUACAACCAGAAUCAGGCAAAGAGCCCGUCUUGGGAGUUCAAGCUGUACGACGACAACGACGUCCUGGCCUUCAUCAAGGAGCGCGGCACUCCCGAGGAGCUCUCAGCCUACCAGCUCAUCAAUCCGCGCUAUGGUGCUGCCCGCGCCGACUUCUUCCGCUAUUUUGUGCUGUACCACGAAGGCGGAGCGUACAUGGACAUCAAGGAACAGCUGAAGACAGACCUGAGCCGGGUUCUCCAGGAUGAUGAUCUGGCCUUGCUGGACCGUAAAAGGUACCUUGAAGCGUUUCGGCAAAAGACAGGAUACGGCACGUACGAGCAGCAUUGCCUCAUCUUUGCUGCCUUGCACCCGUACCUGCGAGCCAUGCUGGACCGGCUUGUCAAAUUCAUUCACGACCAUUGCGCGACGUUUGGUUCCACGGACCACGAGAUGACCUUCUUCGACAGCGGCUGGACUAAGACGUCGAACCAAAAGCAGGAGACAUUGCGCGUCACAGGUCCCGAUGCACUCGCCGUCGCUAUCCAUGACGUCGUCAUCUCCUACGGAAUAAUGCACCGAGAAGUUGACCUCGGCGCAAUCUGCGACGCGGACGGAAAACUGCGGGAUACCAUGUACGGCACUGCUCAUGCCACUCACUAUGCAAACGCGAAAGGGCCGCUGAUCACGUGCCCUCCAUAUACUAGUCCGUGA